AUGUCCUUAUUCCAAUCGCGGGCGGUGACAUCGACGUCCUCCGAGCCUUCUCUAUCAUCGAGUAGUGGCGAUGGCCCGGAAAAGAUCGUUUUGAUAUUGGUGGGCUUGAUUGGCUCCGGCAAGAGUACAUUUGCUCAAGCUCUGCAAGAUCAUUUCCCUAACUUUCGCCGAUGUAACCAAGAUGAUCUUGGUAAUCGGUGGGUGGUCGAGCAACUCGCACGGGAUUCUCUCCGCCAAGGCCUGUCCGUGUGCGUCGAUCGCACCAAUUUCAAUGAAGCGCAAAGAAAACAUUGGAUCCAAAUAGCCCAGGAAUUCCCCGGUACUUUGAUCUGGGUUAUUGUUUUCGAUACCCCCUAUGAGGUUUGCGUCUCCCGGCUCAGAGAACGGAAAUCUCAUCCAACCAUUGAGACACCCGAGCAGGCACUCAACGUACUUGCACGCUUUGCUUCGGAGUUCGUUCCCCCAAUGAGCCAUGAAGGUUACCACCGCUGCCUCUAUUUUUCUGCGUCAGACCAUCCAUCACCCACCUACUCUGAAUCUGAUAUCAGUACCAUUCUCCAAAGGGUUCGCAAUUCUGUGCCUGCAUCACCCUCAGUUUCGGCGCCAUCCCGUACCUUCAUUUCUAAAGCUCCUCGAGGCUCGCGUCCCUUUCCGGCUUUCUCCAAUCGGAACAGCGGCGGUCGCGGGGGCUAUAGGCGUUACAACUAUAAUCAGGCCCAGUUUGGUGGUGGCGGUCAUAGUCAGCAUGAAUCGUCAAACGGGGACUACGUAGACGCUGAGACGGUAGCACAAGACCGUGAAGUUGUCAGGGAUCUGCACAGUCAAUCCACUGCCAUUGAACCUGCAGGGCCUGUGACCUAG